GAUUCAGUUGGGCAGAAUACUCACUAUUCUAGUAAACCAACUGCAUUCUGAAGUUUACAGAGUUUCAACUUCCGAACCAAUGGAAAUGAGAGUCUAGUAAGAGGAAAUAGAGAAAGCUGAUUGGCAGGUUCAGGCUGAUCAGGAUAAAUAAAAGGCAGCAGAACAUCUGGGAAGAUCAAUCUGUUCAUUUAGAGCCAACACCUCUGUGCUUCUCAAGCAGUGUGUUUUCACCAUGAGUGGCUGCCCAUUCUUAAGAAAUGACUUUGAAUAUGAUUUCAGAAAACUAUCUUUAGAAGGCAAUGAAGAAGACAAAUCACAAGCUGGUGUAAAUAAAGCCAGCAAAGGAGGACUUAUCUAUGGGAAUUAUCUGCAUUUGGAAAAAAUUUUGAAUGCACAGGAGCUUCAAAGUGAACUAAAAGGAAAUAAAAUCCAUGAUGAACACCUUUUCAUCAUAACUCAUCAAGCUUAUGAACUCUGGUUUAAGCAAAUCCUCUGGGAAUUAGAUUCUGUUUGUGAGAUCUUUCAGAAUGGCCAUGUCAGGGAUGAAAGGAAUAUGCUUAAGAUUGUUACGCGAAUGCAUCGAGUGGUGGUGAUCCUUAAACUACUGGUAGAGCAGUUUUCUAUCCUGGAAACGAUGACAGCCUUGGAUUUCAAUGACUUCAGAGAGUACUUAUCUCCAGCAUCAGGCUUCCAGAGUUUACAGUUCCGACUAUUAGAAAACAAGUUGGGUAUUUUUCAGAGUUUAAGAGUCCCUUACAACAGGAGACAUUAUCGUGAUAACUUCAAAGGAGAAGAAAAUGAAUUGCUACUGAAGUCGGAGCAGGAAAAAACACUUUUGCAACUAGUGGAGGCAUGGCUGGAAAGAACACCAGGUUUAGAGAAACAUGGAUUUAACUUCUGGGAAAAGUUGGAAAAAAAUAUUGUUAAAGGCCUGGAAGAAGAAUUCAGUAUGAUUCAGGCUAAAAACGAAUCAGAGGAAAAGGAGGAACAAAUGGCUGAAUUUCACAAACAAAAAGAGGUGUUACUCUUAUUAUUUGAUGAGAAACGCCAUGAGCAUCUUCUUAGUAAAGGUGAAAGACGACUCUCAUACAGAGCACUUCAGGGGGCCUUGAUGAUAUAUUUUUACAGGGAAGAACCUCGAUUCCAGGUCGCUUUCCAGUUGCUGACUUCUCUUAUGGAAAUAGACACACUCAUGACCAAAUGGAGAUAUAACCACGUGUGCCUGGUGCACAGAAUGCUGGGCACCAAAGCUGGCACUGGUGGGUCUUCAGGCUACCAGUACCUGCGCUCAACAGUAAGUGAUAGGUACAAGGUAUUUGUAGAUUUAUUUAAUCUUUCAACAUUUCUGAUUCCCCGGCACUGGAUACCGAAGAUGAACCCAAUUACUCGUAAAUUUCUUUACACGACUGAAUAUUGUGACAGCUCUUACUUCAGCAGUGAAGAAUCAGAUUAAAAUUAUCUGCAAAGUCUAUGAAGAGGACUGAUUUCUGUGGGGUUUUUCCUAUGCAUUUUCAUGAAUGCACAGACUUCUAAGAUAAUAUAUGUAUAUAUGUAGUAAAGCACUGUGGUGCUCUGAUUCAACCCUGGAAAGAAUUUUAUUUCAUUUAUUUGAAUGUUUAAGAUGUUUAAUAUAAGACUAAGCAUUUCUGUGAUGAUACAAAACACUAAGAAAUGAAUUCAGUGACACUGUUACAUUGUACAUAUGGUCUUUUCCUAUUAAAAAUGUAUUUGUUCUCUGACGCUCACCUUAAUGUAACCAUUUAAUCAUUAGCUCAUUGUUCCAUAUUUUAUAAGCUUGUAAACUUCAGCUAUUUAAUAUUUAAUGGAAUAAAAUGUGUCAUUCUAUAUAAACUUAUUCAAUAAAAAUUUUUGAGUAAUAAAAA